GGGAGGACUCAGUGACUCUCGGCAGGAAACGGUGUGUGGACUCUGUCAGUCUCGGUCUCUCUCGGUCUCUCUCGGUGUCUCUCGGUGUUUUCUCGGACUUUUUGGACCGAACCUGCACAAAUGGCGACCAAGUACUCAGACCUGGAGCUGGCCAUCAACUCUCUGGUCACAGACUUCCACAAAGCUGCGGACGAUGGGCCGACCUUGAACACCACCCAGUUCCAGACCAUGAUCUCCAAACAGCUGCCGGGAUUUGCCAAGACCAUGGAGAACGAGGAGGGUCUGGCUCAGGUUCUGGAGCAGAUGGGCGUUCAGAGCGGUCAGAACAUCUCCUUCGAGAACUUCUGGACUCUGAUCAACAAACAGGCCGUCCAGCUGUUCGACGCCACGCACAAGGACAAGAAUGUCAAGUGUAGCUGCCUGCUGCAGUAAAACACCUGAGACCACCUGCAUCAGCACCCACCUGAGUCCAGACACACCACACCUGUCUGGCCUCUUUUCGCUGACCACAGGGGGGCAGUGCAGGACCACAGUCAGACAGGAAGACACAGACACGAGAGGAAGAGUGUUACUGAUGAUGUUUGUGUUACACGGUCUGAAUGUACGAAGGACCAAAGAUGACUGUUAGAAAAUUAAAUGACAAUAUAUGAAUCUUUCAAUAACUGGAACCAAAUAGACUGGAAAAUACCAAUAAUACCAAUAAUACCAAUAAUACCAAUAAUACCAAUAAUACCAAUAUAAAAUGUAAAGAAAAAAGCAUCAAGACAUAUUGGGAAAUACAUGUUAAACUUUGCAAGUAAAUAAACUAUAUAAAAAAUGGAAAUGAAUAUAUAUGACACAGAACAAAGAGAGAGACAACAAUAAAUAAAUAAAAUACAUGGAAUAAAUACAUUUAAAAAAAAUCUGAAUAAACAAAAUGCUUAAAGAAUUGGGAUUGGGAAAAUAAAAUGAUAUGCUAGAAAUUUUUGACGUAAAAGAAUUUAAUAUAUUAAAAAAGUUCAAAUGCAGCCAGAAGUCUAUAACAAUGUUAAACAGUGACAUUAAAUUAAGUAAUUCAUUAUUAUAUUAAUAUUAUAAUAAUUACACAAAGAUAUCAAUGUAUACGUGUAUUAAUGAAUAAAAAGUUUAGUCAAGAAAACUAAAUGACAAAUGAUUUGAAAUUUGUUUGAUUUUAUCAAAUGAAUUUAUCCAGUGUAUUUCCAAAUUUAUUUACUUAUUUUUCAUUCAUUUUUAUAAAUCAUUUUCUUUUUCAGCAUUCAGACCAUUUCCAGGUGUGGAGGAAGAAAUCAGACUUAUUGGUAAAAAUUACAAUAAACCAGUGAACGAAUCAACAACUGGAAUUAUUAAAAACACUUUACUCAGUAAAAUAAAAAAAGCAUAAAUAUAUGAAAUGCAAAGAAAUGUGGAAAUGAAGUUCUAAUGAACACAAAGCUUCAGUAAUUGUUUAAACACUUUGUUUUUCUUCAUUUUCCAAUGAGUCUGUUUUUGUCCUCCGUACAGGGCUUUGACAGAAACUGAUAUUUUUUUCUUGAAUUUCAAUCAGAGCAAAAACAAAACUUUAAAUAAACAUACUGAUUAUAAAAGUCAAAAUAUGACACAAGAAGUUUCUUUUACUAGUUAAAAUGUUAGAAAACCUGUUUUCUUUGAAAUACUUUUUAAGUCUAUUUUUACCACAUUUAUUCCUGGAGUGGUUUUAAUUCUUUCUUGGUUUACAUUAGUAAAACUGUGCUGUGCUGUUACUAACACCUGACUUUUGUAUUCAGUCUGAAACUUACUGACGUGUAUUUUCACAUUAAACCUUCUGAUCAUCUCUGAUGAUGCAGUUCAAUGUUUAUGUUCUCUGUGAAUAAAUCUAUCACCACUUUUGAUAUAACAA